GCGCUUGCGCGGGGGCGGGGCGGGCUGGCUCCUUUAUAUAAGGCAGCACAGAGAGCUGGGAGGCAGCAGUUGGAAGUUGGCAGGUGAAGGAGGCAGGUUGGGAGGGGUAAAAGUAAAGGAGGAGGCGGAAGCUGUGCUGUCGGAAGGGGGAGGGGGGAAAGAAGGAGGAGGAGGCGGAGGAGGAGAGCUUAGAGCAGAGCGCCGAGCCAAGGGGGAGAUGAGUUUGUCCGUCCUCGGCUGAGGCUCCGGCCGGGGCCAGGGAGCGGGAAGCGGGGCCGGAGCGACACCCGUGGAAGUGGGAGGAAGUGGUCGGAAGUGGUCCUGGGACUUUAACCCCUUGUGGGCUCUGCGGCAGGGGAUUUAACCCUUUACGGACCCAGGCCCUCGCAGGCGCGUCAUCUGGUGGCAUUAACCCUUUCGGGACUGGGUUCUUUAACCCUUUGGACUUUUCACCUUGCUGCUUCUGCUACUCUCGCUGGCUUUGCCCCCGAUUCUGGGGAGGGGGGGGGGCCUGAGGUGAGCCCUCCCCCAACACACCCGCAUACAUACUGUUUUUGGUGCUGCAGACCUUGAGCCCCGCCAGCUAGCUUGCCCGCCGAGCUAGGGGGUUCUUAACCCUUUGCUGACCCAGAAGCGCCCUUUCCAAGUUUGGAGUGGAGUUUGUAGGCGGAAGGCUUGGCGAUAAGAAGACAUCCGUCUAUCCGUGCUGCCGGCGUUCAAGACAAGACCCGCGGGACAUUUAAAAACACUUUUCUUUUAAAAGGAAAAAGAAAGGACUUUGUGACUCUAUAAAAUUUCUUCCAACUCUCCCAGAAGAGGACUCCAUCCAGUCAUGGCUGAGCCAUUUCUGUCUCAAUGUCAGCAGCAGCAACAGACUUCUCAAACUUCUUCCAACUGUACAGGUGCUAUGGGCAGACCGGAGCGUUAUACUGAGCCCCCCGGGGAGGACUGUAGGUGGCAAUCGAGAGCUUCUCCUGAACUUGAUGCGAACCUUGGUAAAGAGGAGGGAGGGGAGAAUCCAGCCCCAGCCUCCCCUCCCAGGGCGACUGUGGCGUGCCUAGACCUCGGCUGCCCAGACGGGGGCGAGAAGGGCCCGAACCACGACGAUCUGACAGCUGUCGGGGCUGCCGCCGCACCGCCGUUGGGUGAGGGGCCAAGGCCCGGAGCCCAGCCUCCGCAGUCGUGCCAAGGUUAUGGGGGCGACAAGUUUGCAGUUCCUAUCGGGGAAGAGGAGGAGGCCUGGCGGCAGCAGCAAAGACAGCUGGGGAAGAAGAAGCACAGGAGACGGCCUUCCAAGAAGAAGCGGCACUGGAAGCCUUACUACAAGCUGACUUGGGAGGAGAAGAAGAAGUUCGACGAGAAGCAGAGCCAGCGGGCAUCCCGGGUUCGAGCCGAGAUGUUUGCCAAAGGACAGCCGGUCGCCCCUUACAACACGACCCAGUUCCUGAUGGAUGACCAUGAUCAGGAGGAACCGGACCUGAAAACUGGCCUCUACUCCAAGCGGGCGGUGGCCAAAUCGGACGAUACAAGUGAUGAGGACUUCUUGGAGGAGGCGGGAGAAGAGGAUGGGGGCAGUGAUGGGAUGGGGGGGGACGGAAGUGAGUUUCUCCAGAGGGAUUUCUCCGAGACCUAUGAACGGUACCAUGCGGAGAGCCUCCAGAACAUGAGCAAGCAGGAAUUGAUCAAAGAAUAUAUGGAGCUGGAGAAGUGUCUCUCCAGGAUGGAGGAUGAGAACAACCGGCUGCGGCUGGAGUGCAAGAAGUUUGGGGAGGACUCCCGGGUAAGAGAACUAGAGUUGGAGCUGGAUCGGCUAAAAGCUGAGAAUCUCCAGUUGGUGAAAGAGAACGAACUGCACAGACAGCAGGAGAGAGCGCCUCUUUCCAAGUUUGGAGACUAGUCAAACUUUUUGGGGGAGGGGGGAAAGGGACUUUUUAUGGUGAUGGAAUGUAACAUUAUAUACAUGUGUAUAUGACAGUGAACCUUUUUAUGACAUAAUCAAAAAAGAAAAACCCCAUGGCUUUGUAUUGUUUUAAAAUUUUAGCUAUAACAUAGUGGGUUUUUUUUUUCCUGUUCUUUAAUUAUGUGAAAUCUGAAGGGUUGCUUUUCUUGUUCUCCUUUUUAGAAGAAAUGAAUGUGUAUUUUUUGGAUGUAAGUAAAUUUGACUCAAAUUAUAAUGCAUUUUUUUCUGUUAACCAAAAACAAAAAAACAAAAAACCCUCAAAACCGGGAGUUAUAAGGUGGCCAAAUCUGAAAACCAUUAAAUCCAUUCUAUAGUUACAAUAAAUUUAAUAUUUAUAAAUGUAACAGUUUCAGUGUGAUUUCUAGAGAUAUCAAAAUAAUAUUCUCCAGUAGAGAAUAUUUUUGCAUUUCGUGUUUAAUCCUGGGGUGUUUAAAAAAAAGGCAUAUUUGGUCGGUAAUGCGAAAAACUAUUUUAUAGCCCUUUAUUAAAGGUUCUCCAACUUUUAUGUAUUUUUCCCAUAAGUAAAUUUAAAUGUUCAAUACAAUAUACACUGGCAAAAUACCGCAAUGUUAAUUCUGUGCUUGCUUUCUAGUGCCUUGAUAUUUUAUUUUACUGUGCUGUUAGAAACUGCAAGAUGUUUGGGGCAGCAGGAGGUGGCAGCAAGGUUUUGCAUGUUUAUAAUUCCAGAGCCUGAAACAACUCUUUCCUAAUAGUCAUUCAAAAAAACCUGCUGACAAACAUGUAAACAAAAUAUUAGGAAGAGUGAACAAUUGACAACCCCAAUUUCCUUGGUACAAGUUGUUUUUCAGCAAUAUUACACUCUCUUGUGAGGCUGGAUGGAGUCCCUGGGAAAUGGCUGUUGGUAAAUCCUUUUUUUUUUUUUUUUUUUUUUUUUUUUGCUGGCUAUGGUUAGGAUAGAUAAAUUUGGGUUGCUCCUUUUUGUUGCAGGGAAAAUUGCAUUUAAAAGAAAGAAUGGCUAUUUUGGCAUUCCAAGAACAAUUGUUCAAUUGAGUGGCUUACCAUGCAGAACUACAGAUUUAUGGAUUACCUACCAUUUUUCCAAUGCCUGGCAAGCUUUUUUUUUUUCUCUACCUGCAUCCAGAGUUAGGUGCUUAGAACCCCAAGGCAGGUAGUAGGAAAUGCUCACAGUAGAGUUAUUAUCUUGAAAUAGCAAUUGCUAGGGGCUCUCCUGGGAAUCAAUUGCCCUGUUCCUAAUUCUCAGGAUUGAUGAUCAGUAGCAAGGUAAUUUCUGCCCCAUACUGAUGGGAACAUGAACAUAAUUCUCCAUAACCAUACCACUUCAGUGGGAUCUGGAUCAAAAAAAGUCAGCCAAUAUAAACCCUAAUAAAAUGGUAGCCAUUUAAAAUGUUCUAACUUAAAAUGGUUUCCAGUUAACAUAGUCACAUAUACCAGUGGAACCUAAGAGAAAAAUCAAGGUACUUCAUUCCCUGGAGUUCAGAUUGAGGGCCUUUUGCAGUUAACAUUAGAGGGGAGCAUCCACACUGUGUCCUGACUGGAACAUCCCUAUUAUGUAAUGGGGAAAAUUCAGAGAGUAAAAA